CGAUUCCCUGCAGUGCAGGAAGGAUGUCGUGCACGCGCACACGCUCGAGCUCUGCACGCGCCGGUCAGAGCAGAUGCAGCUCGCUCCCGCGGACGGACAUCGCGCGUUCAUUCUGAAUUAAAGCGAGUUAAAACGUCCUCGGUACAAGACUGGAGUUAUUCGAGUUAAGAGUUAAAGUCAAGCGUCUCAAGUGGAGACAGAAGCCAUGGAUGUCCAACUGCAGGACGGAAGGCAGGGCAGCGUGCCGGACAAGGUCGUGCCCCAGGAGAAUCAUGUCCACACAACACAACCACAGGCCGCCCGCAAACCCGACGUCACGGGUCCUAUCUCAGCUGAGAUUGCUGGCAGAGGAAGCAACGAGUCUCUUACAGACGCUGUGACAACCAACGAUGACGCUUUACUGCUUCCUGACCACAUACCUACAAUUUCACGCAAAAUAGAGAAAGGCAAUGUGAAGCCCAGUCUUCCCAAUGGCUCGUCUCCUCCGGUCAAAGGGUCUGCUAUCGUCCACGCGCCGCCGGCUUCUUCAUCAGGAGGAUCGACGCCUCGCCCAAAAACACAACAGAAAUGCAACGGACAUGCAAAGUGCAACAGACACAAGCACCCUCACAGAAAACACACACCCUCCACCUCCACGAGCCAGCAGAGCUUCAAAGGUGAUGCUUCGCAGAUACAGAGAGUAGCCGGAGACGACUGCUGUGCUCACUGCAUCCUAGCCUGUCUGUUCUGCGAGGUGCUGUCGUGGUGUUCGGCCGUGGCUCAGUGUUUGGCCUGCGGUCUGGAGUGUGACGUUCUCUGCUGCUGUGGGGAAGCGGCCACCGGCGGUCUAGCGUGCUGCGCUGAGGACACCUGCUCUGCCCUGCUGGAUUGUGGGAUACUGGAGGACUGUUGCCAGUCUUCGGACUGUUUGGAGAUCUGUCUGGAAUGCUGCUCCAUCUGCUUUCCGACCUAAACGGCUCGGGUUCACGGAUAUCAAGCGCUCAAAGGACUGCAGGCAUUUGAUACGUAUUCUAUCGUUAUCUUGCAUUUUGUAUUUAUUCAGUAUGAAGUUGGAUUUUUCUGUACGAAGUUACUCUCUGAGACCUUUAAGUUUCCCUAUUAUAGGUAAUGAAAGGUUAAAAACACUUUCAUUGUCUUAUAAUACGCAUUUAUGAGCACGGUGCCUCUUUGUGCACAGUGUUACCGUGGAAACCGCUAGUUUUACCAUCUAGUGGCAAAGAAUGAAUUUGCGUUUUCAUUCAGACCAAUGUGAAAAAAGACCAAGUGGGCGGCACGAAACGGUUCGGGAUUCGUUUUAAAAAGUAACUCGUUUCAAUGAGUCGACUAUUUCUUUCGAGAGACUGUAACUUUUCACACGGUGCACUUUUAAGAUUAAGAAAUUUGCAGGAUUUUGUCAUAUAGCUGUGUUACAGUCCGCACGAAAGCUCGUUUUCAAACAUAAUAGGGGCACUUUAAACCUGAAGUGUGUUACUUUUUGUUUGUUAAAAUACACACAAAACCCAUGUUUGAAUGUGAAGCGUUGCUUUGUUUAUUGGAGAGUUGACCUAAGGCGUUAUACUCUUUAUCACUGCUGAAAUUUAAUAGAGGCACAUCUUUAACGGUGAAGAGUAAAAGAUUUAUUUUACUGCACGUGCAGUCACCGUUUGGAGUUGGUAAGACAUGAUUUUCGUCUUGUUAUUAAAUACAAAUAUCCUAACCUAUAACCUUGUUAAAUCAGGGUACUUGACGAACUUAAGAUAUUAAGGUCUUGUCUUCAAUUAAGUGAGUUAAUGCAAAACAAGAACAAAAUAUAUUUUCAUUGGGAAAAAUCUUGUUUUCUCUUUAAGUAAAAAAGGUUUUGCUGAUUUAUUACAGACAACAAGACUUAAUAUCGUAGGUUGCUACUCAAGUAAGUAUAUCGUGUAUCAUUGUUGGAAUUUAUAAUUAUUGCAAACGACAUAAAUAUUAGCGAAAAAAAAAUUCUGAAGGGUGAAACAUUUUUGACAAUAAGCCUGCAUUUAUUUGGUCAAAAAUAUCAUAAAAACUGUAAUAUUGUGAUAUAUUAUUACAAUUAAAAUUUUUGUUUAAAUGCAUUUUAAAAUUAUUUCUAAAUCGUCAUCAUUAUCUCAGUCUUCAGUGACAUGUAUACUUCAGAUAUAAUUUUAUUUUGCCGAUUUUCUGCUCUGAAAUAAUUCCUGAGAGCUUUUUUAUCUCUUUUUUAUCAUAAUGAAGCAAAUAUGCGCAUGCUAGAAAUGCCUGCGUUUCAUCGGCUGUGAUAUUUUAUACUGCUUGGGAAAAAAAAAACGUCAUUACGUCAUUCUGAAGAAACACUUUGUUGUUAAUGAGACAUACUCUGUGUUUUGAAGAGUUUAGCGUGACAGCUGAGAUUGAGGCGUGAGUUUCUCCGUUCUGCCCGUUCUCAGCGCUCUUAUCUAAAGCGCGUGCGGCAGGAAGGCCGGGCGAUGCAAAAAUAACCAGUCAGGAUGACUAUAAAGCGCUCGCAUAUUCCUCCGGAGCGUGUUGAAUUUCACAGGCUUUCUCCAGAUGACUCUGGGCACUGGCAGAGAGUCCAACGAAAGCCUCCGUCCCUCCAGCACUCCCUUCAUCCUGCCGUGGGUUACACAUUAGAAACGCCAUCACUGAUUUAUAGGGUUUAUAAGUCAGCAAAUAAUGAACUUAGCAAGAUGGUAAGUUUGAUUUUGACGUCGGUGGGGACAUAACGGCAGACAACGGACAUUUAAUUGUUUGAUCAAUAUGAUUGAAAUAUGUCUGCACCCUUGAAAAUCAUAAGUAAUGUCUGACUUACACAGAAAUCAGUGAAAACAGCAUCUUUAUAUUUAACCUGAGUCCUUUUAACUUGAAGAAAAAAAACGGGUUACGUUAACCUUACUUUAACCAUGGUAUUUGUAACAAAACUGUGGUUAUAGAAAAAAUGAAUCUUUUUUACUCUGGUAAAACCCUAGAUGUUAAAUCGUAAGGUAUUUGUAUUUUUAUACUUUCUUUCGCUUGUUUUUAUAACUGUACUGCCUUAAAAAUAAAUAAAUAUUGCAUAAACAUAAAUCCAAUAAAAAUAUUGAUCUGAAUCAAAAAUGAAGUCUGAUCUGAAUCAGAUGAUUCAUGCUCCUAAUCAUUUGAUUUUACCAAUACAAAACAUGUAUGCAUAUAAUAUAUGAAUGUGCAUAUGUUCACUAGAUUUGCAAUGCACUAAGGCAUCCCAGUUUCCACAGUGCAACAUUAAGCUGCACAAACGUUUUCAACAUUGAUAAUAAUAGUAAUAAAUGUUUAUUAAGCUUCAAAACUA